AUGGGCUGCUGUGGUUGUGGAAGUUGCGGCGGGGGCUGCGGCGGCGGCUGCGGCGGCGGCUGCGGCGGGGGCUGCGGCGGCUGCAACAGCUGCAGAUGCUACCGGGUGGGCUGCUGCACCAGCUGCUGCCCCUGCUGCUACGGCUGCUGCGGGGGCUGCUGCAGCGUCCCCGUGGUCUGCUGCCACCGCCGCACCUGCAGCUGCAACUCGUGUGGGAAGGGCUGCUGCCAGCAGAAGUGCUGCUGCCACAAGCAGUGCUGCCACUGA